AUGGUUGUCCACUUUAAUCCGCUCACUAAAGAGCCCUAUCUCCAACUCCCAGCACCAUGUACAAACAUCAUCAUCACUCCACACCGUGAAUACCAGAUCGAGGAGGCAUCUGCUGCAAUGACCGAAAUCCUCAAUGAUUCACGGGUGUACUCCUGGCUACAGGGGCCACCCUACCCUUUUCUGCCUGAGCACGGCAUAGACUGGGUCAAGACGAAAGUAGCAGAAAACGAGGGUGUCCUGUCUACUCUGCAAAGAGAAUUCGAAACGCAAAGUCAGCAGGGCGACGGUUCAAAUUCCCCAGAGGAGCUGGAGUUUUUUGAUAAAUGCCCUUUCAUUUGUAUCCGCAAAGUAACAGAAAGAGACCCUGCGACCGGCGCUCCGCUUCAAGAUGUCUUGAUCGGAGACAUUUCACUGAUGCGGUAUGCUUUCUAUGAGCUGCAACCCAAUAGCUCGGAGUUUGUGCUGGCACAGGAUCAGAAUAAUGAUUUGCCUGUGGGGCACAAGGAUAUCGUCUGGGGUAUAGGAUACUAUCUUUCUCCUACUCAACACAGCCGAGGAAUCAUGAGUGUUGCUGUUAGAACUGUCAUUCAAGACUGGGCUAUCCCUCGGAUGAACCUUCAUCUUCUUAGAGGCAGCUUUUUUGUUGGGAACAUAGGGAGCAUGAAGGUAUUUGAGAAGAACAACUUUGAGGAGGUUGGUACAUUCAAAGACUGGGCUCCGGCAAGCCCAAACAAGGGACGAGGGAAGAUGUCGAUUGUUGUAAUGAAAUGGAAGGGGGUUUUGUAG